AAGACUCACCCGUGUGCCUGCUCCCAAAGAACAUGGCAUGUUUGGUUCAUGUCCGGAAGCAGAAGGGGAGCAGUCCCCUCAGGGGAGGACUUUCUCUAUGGUGGGAAGCCAGGUUGGAGGGGCCUGAGUAACCCUCCCCUAGGAGGGUCCUUCAUGCCACAGGUGGGCCGGGGGGAGGGGCGAUGCGGGGUGUGGAUGCCUCCCUCUCAUGCCCAGGGAUCAGCAGUGUGAAUCAGCUGGGGGGAUUCUUUGUGAAUGGUCGGCCCCUGCCCCUGGACACCCGGCAGCAGAUCGUGAGGCUGGCAGUCAGCGGGAUGCGGCCCUGUGACAUCUCACGGAGCCUGAAGGUAUCUAAUGGCUGUGUGAGCAAGAUCCUAGGGCGUUACUACCGCACAGGUGUCUUGGAGCCCAAGGGGAUUGGGGGAAGCAAGCCACGGCUGGCCACACCCCCUGUGGUGGCCCGAAUAGCCCAGCUGAAGGGUGAGUGCCCAGCCCUCUUCGCCUGGGAGAUCCAACGCCAGCUCUGUGCCGAAGGGCUUUGCACUCAGGACAAGACUCCCAGUGUCUCCUCCAUCAACCGAGUCCUGCGGGCACUACAGGAGGACCAGAGACUGGCCUGGGCACAGCUCAGGUCACCAGUUAUUUUGGCUCCGGUUCCUCGCAAUCCCCAUAGUGGCUUUGAGGCUCCCCGGGGGCCCCACCCAGGGACUGGCCAUCGGAAUCGGACUAUCUUCUCCCCAGGCCAAGCUGAGGCGCUGGAGAAAGAGUUCCAGCGUGGGCAGUAUCCUGAUUCAGUGGCCCGUGGAAAGCUGGCGGCUUCCACCUCUCUGUCUGAGGACACGGUGAGGGUCUGGUUUUCCAACCGAAGAGCCAAAUGGCGCCGACAAGAGAAGCUCAAGUGGGAAAUGCAGCUUCCAGGUGCUUCCCAGGGUCUGACUGCACCGACUGCUUCCCCAGGGAUUGUCUCUGCGCAGCAAUCCCCUGCCAUGCCUACAGUGGCCCUGCCUGCCCUGGAAUCCUUGGGUCCCUCUUGCCAUCAGCUGUGCUGGGGGACAGCAUCAGACGGGUGUCUGAGUGACACCCCACCCCAAGCCUGUCUCAAGCCCUGCUGGGGUAACUGUCCCCCACAGCUGAGCUCCCUGGAUUCGGUACUGCUCUGUCAUCUUUGCCCUUCCUUCCACUGCCCCCGCCGCCAGGCUUGGUGCCCCUUAGGCCUGGCUCUGACCUGGCUCCCCACUACUGACAGGCCUGGGAUGAGGGAGGAGGGCCAGAGUGGAAAGGAGAUGGAGUGGGGAGGAUCUAAUACCGGCCUGCCCAAGCAGGUCAUUGCUCCUCGCUCCUCCCUGCCUCUCCUCCUCAUCUGUGGACCUUGCCUGGCCCUACCCUGCUGCCCCUCCUACUCACCACCUGAUUCUAGGGGCUGGAGAGCCAUGCCUGCCCACUUCUCGCAGUGGCCUUAA